AUGGGCAAGUCAGAAAGCCAGAUGGAUAUAACUGAAAUGAAUACUCCAAAACCAAAGAAGAAGCUGGGAUGGAGUGGCCUGGAAAUCGGGCUGGCUGUGGUGGUGCUGCUGCUGGCCAUCGUGGCCGUCACCAUGAUCGUCCUGUACGCCACGUACGACGAUGGCAUUUGCAAGACACCAGACUGUAUCAAAUCAGCUGCCAGGAUCCUGGAGAACAUGGACCCCAGCGCCAGGCCCUGCCAGGACUUCUACCAGUACGCGUGCGGAGGGUGGCUCAAGAGGAACGUCAUCCCCGAGACCAGCUCCCGUUACAGCAACUUUGACAUUUUGAGAGACGAGCUGGAAGUUGUUCUGAAAGAUGUCCUCGACACCCCCAGCACCAACGAUAUCCCAGCAGUGCAGAAGGCCAAAACCCUCUACAGGUCCUGCAUCAAUGAAACUGCCAUUGAUCUCCGAGGUGGAAGUCCUCUAAUCAGCUUAUUGCCAAAUGUGUCUGAGUGGCCUGUAGCAACAACUAACUGGGACGAUUCCUAUGGUGCUGCUUGGACAGCUGAGACAGCUAUUGCCCAGCUCAACUCCAGAUAUGGAAAAAAAGUCCUUAUUAAUUUUUUUGUUGGCACAGACGACAAAAAUUCCACAGCACAUAUCAUUCACAUCGACCAGCCGGGGCUGGGGCUGCCCUCCCGGGACUACUACGAGUGCACGGGUGCAUACCAGGAGGCGUGUUCCGCCUAUGUUGAUUUCAUGAUUUCUGUAGCUAAACUAAUCCGACAAGAAAGAAAUCUUCCUGUCAAUGAGAGUGACAUUUCUGCACAAAUGAGAAGAGUUAUGGACCUGGAGAAAGAGAUCGCCAAUGCAACAACAAAAUCUGAAGACAGAAAUGACCCACUUCUGCUGUACAACAAAAUGACCUUGGCACAACUCCAAAAGAACUUCUCACUGGUAAUCAAUCGUAAGGCGUUCAACUGGUCAGAAUUCAUAAAUGCCAUCAUGUCAACUGUGCAGAUCAACGUUGACAACACGGAACACGUCAUUGUUUAUGACCCUGACUACCUGCUCAACCUCGGGUCUAUUCUUGAAAAAUACUCUUCCAGAGACCUUCAGAAUUACAUGGCCUGGAGAUUUGUCAUGGACCUUGUCAACAGCCUCAGCCGGGACUACAAGGACACGAGGAAUGCUUUCCGUAAGGCGCUCUAUGGCACCACCUCCGAGAGCGCCGUGUGGCGCCGCUGCGCCAACUACGUCAACGGGAACAUGGAGAGCGCCGUGGGCCGGCUCUACGUGGAGGAGGCCUUUGCUGGGGACAGCAAGCACGUGGUUGAAGAAAUGAUUGCAGAUAUUCGUGAUGUUUUUAUAAAAACCUUAGAUGAACUUCCCUGGAUGGAUGCAGAGACCAAAAAGAGAGCAGAACAAAAAGCAAGAGCAAUUAAAGAGAGGAUUGGUUAUCCGGAUGAGAUCGUGACAGAUGAUGACAAGCUCAACAGUGAGUACCAGGAGUUGAACUACAAAGAAGAAGAAUACUUUGAAAACAUUAUUCAAAAUUUAGUAUUUACCCAGAAGAAAAGGUUGAAAAAGCUUAGAGAAAAGGUGGACAAAGAGGAGUGGAUAAGUGGAGCUGCUGUUGUCAAUGCUUUUUACUCAGCAAGUAGGAAUCAGAUAGUGUUCCCGGCGGGCAUCCUGCAGCCCCCUUUCUUCAGUGCCUCCCAGCCCCGCUCCCUCAACUACGGCGGCAUCGGGAUGGUCAUCGGGCACGAGAUCACGCACGGCUUCGACGACAACGGCAGGAAUUUCAAUGAGAACGGCGACCUGGCGGACUGGUGGAGUGAGGAAUCGGCGCGGAAAUUCAAGGAGCUGUCCCGGUGCAUGGUGUACCAGUACGGGAACUUCUCGUGGGACCUGGCAGGGGGACAGAACCUGAGUGGAAUCAACACACUAGGAGAAAACAUUGCUGAUAAUGGGGGUGUGAGACAAGCAUACAAGGCUUAUGAGAACUUUGAGAGAAAACACGGAAAAGAAAAACUCCUUCCUGGUCUCGACAUGAACCACAAACAGCUGUUUUUCCUGAACUUUGCACAGGUGUGGUGUGGCACGUACAGACCAGAAUACGCAGUGAACUCCAUCAAGACCGACGUGCACAGCCCGGGCAGAUUCAGGGUGCUGGGGUCGCUGCAGAACUCGCCAGAGUUUUCAGAAGCCUUUUCUUGCACCACGAGAGACAGCAUGGACCCUGCCGAGAAGUGCCGCGUCUGGUGACGGACUGCACGCCUCGCACCUCCAGGGGCUUUCCAGGAAAAGAGACCUUUCCAGCUGAUUCGAGAGGGGGAGG